AUGAAGUGUCCGACGUUUACAUCUAUAAAACGAUGUAGCUGAGAUGGCUCUCUCAUUCAUCUCCUAGAACGAACAAAACCAAAAACAUGAAUUCAAAUCCUUCUUCUUCUCCGCCUUCAUUCAUUUUGAAAACCCUAAUAACAGCAUUGGGAUGUGUAUUAAUUGUUCUUCAUGCGACGUUGUGUAAUGCUCAGCUAAGCCCUUCCUUCUACGACCAAACAUGUCCGAAGGUCUUCGACGUCGUCAAGGAUGCAAUCCUCCACGAGUUGAGAUCCGAUCCCCGCAUUGCCGCUAGCAUUCUCCGUCUCCAUUUCCAUGAUUGUUUUGUCCAUGGUUGUGAUACAUCGAUCUUGUUAGACAACACGACGUCGUUUAGGACCGAGAAAGACGCCGUUCCGAACGUGAAUUCGGCCCGUGGAUUCGAAGUCAUCGAUAGAAUGAAAGCCGCCGUGGAGGAAACAUGCCCGGGAGUGGUUUCUUGUGCGGAUUUGCUCGCCAUUGCAGCUCAAGAAGGUGUUUAUGUGUCGGGUGGUCCUUCAUGGAUGGUCCCAUUGGGAAGAAGAGAUAGCUUGGAUGCAUUUUUCGAUCUUGCGAAUUCGGCAAUUCCUGCUCCAUUCUUCACCCUCGACCAACUCAAGGCUAGCUUUGCAGCCGUCGGCCUUGAUCGACCGUCCGAUCUCGUCGCUCUUUCGGGCGGUCACACAUUUGGGAAAGCCCAAUGCCGAUUUAUAUUGGACCGGCUCUACAACUUCAACGGGACAGGCUUGCCCGAUCCGACACUGAAGAGAGAAUACUUAGGUAAACUUCGGAGAUUAUGUCCUAAGACCGGAAACAAGAGUGCCCUCGUGGAUUUGGACCGAAAGACGCCGAAAUUGUUCGAUAACAAAUAUUACUCCAACCUUAGAGAAGGCAAAGGCCUCAUCCAAAGCGAUCAAGAACUGUUCUCUACUCCCGUGGCCGAUGACACCAUUGCCUUGGUGAAAUUAUACAGCAAAGAUCGAUCUCUGUUUUUCGAUGCGUUCGUCGGGGCGAUGACGAGGAUGGGAAACGUUAAACCUCUAAUGGGAGAUGAAGGAGAGAUCAGGUUGAAUUGCAGAGUGGUUAAUGAUAAGCAGCCUGAGGUUAUUAGGGACAGUAGUGCGGAUGAACUUGCGAGUUCUAUUUGAUUAAGACCGAACAAAAAAUGUGUGGGUUGGAUGUUUUGUUUUUAUUUUUUCGAAGUAUGUUUUUAUAUUUUUCUUAGACAUAAUUUUGAGAGAAUUAUCAAUUUGUGUGAUGGUGUAGGGUUUUUUUUGUGA